AGCCGCCCCCGGGCCGGGCGGGCGCCUCAGCCAUGGCCCUGCGCAAGGAGCUCCUCAAGUCCAUCUGGUACGCCUUCACUGCGCUGGACGUGGAGAAGAGCGGCAAGGUCUCCAAGUCCCAGCUCAAGGUGCUGUCCCACAACCUGUACACGGUCCUGCACAUCCCCCAUGACCCCGUGGCCCUGGAGGAGCACUUCCGAGAUGACGACGAUGGCCCCGUGUCCAGCCAGGGCUAUAUGCCCUACCUCAACAAGUACAUCCUGGACAAGGUGGAGGAGGGGGCUUUUGUUAAAGAGCACUUUGAUGAGCUGUGCUGGACCCUGACGGCGAAGAAGAACUACCGAGCGGACAGCAACGGGAACAGCAUGCUCUCCAAUCAGGACGCUUUCCGUCUCUGGUGCCUCUUCAACUUCCUGUCUGAGGACAAGUACCCGCUGAUCAUGGUUCCUGAUGAGGUGGAGUACCUGCUGAAGAAGGUGCUGAGCAGCAUGAGCCUGGAGGUGGGCCUGGGGGAGCUGGAGGAGCUGCUGGCCCAGGAGGCCCAGGCGGCCCAGACCUCCGGGGGCCUCAGCGUCUGGCAGUUCCUGGAGCUCUUCAACUCGGGCCGCUGCCUGCGGGGCGUGGGGCGGGACACGCUCAGCAUGGCCAUCCACGAGGUCUACCAGGAGCUCAUCCAAGACGUCCUGAAGCAGGGCUACCUGUGGAAGCGCGGGCACCUGAGGAGGAAUUGGGCCGAGCGCUGGUUCCAGCUGCAGCCCAGCUGCCUCUGCUACUUCGGGAGUGAAGAGUGCAAGGAGAAGAGGGGCACCAUCCCACUGGAUGCCCACUGCUGCGUGGAGGUGCUGGCCGACCGCGAUGGGAAGCGCUGCAUGUUCUGCGUCAAGACGGCCACCCGCACGUACGAGAUGAGCGCUUCGGACACACGCCAGCGCCAGGAAUGGACGGCCGCCAUCCAGACGGCCAUCCGGCUGCAGGCCGAGGGAAAGACGUCGUUGCACAAGGACCUGAAGCAGAAGCGGCGGGAGCAGCGGGAGCAGCGGGAGCGGCGCCGGGCCGCCAAGGAGGAGGAACUGCUGCGGCUGCAGCAGCUGCAGGAGGAGAAGGAGCGUAAGCUGCAGGAGCUGGAGCUGCUGCAGGAGGCGCAGCGGCAGGCGGAGCGGCUGCUGCAGGAGGAGGAAGAGCGGCGCCGCAGCCAGCACCGGGAGCUGCAGCGGGCGCUGGAAGGGCAGCUGCGCGAGGCGGAGCAGGCCCGGGCCUCCAUGCAGGCUGAGAUGGAGCUGAAGAAGGAGGAGGCCGCCCGUCAGAGGCAGCGCAUCAAAGAGCUGGAGGAGAUGCAGCAGCGGCUGCAGGAGGCCCUGCAACUGGAGGUGAAAGCCCGGCGGGAUGAGGAGGCUGUGCGCCUCGCCCAGACCAGGCUCCUGGAGGAGGAGGAGGAGAAGCUGAAGCAGCUGAUGCAGCUGAAGGAGGAGCAAGAGCGCUACAUCGAGCGCGCGCAGCAGGAGAAGCAGGAGCUGCAGCAGGAGAUGGCGCUGCAGAGCCGCUCCCUGCAGCAGGCGCAGCAGCAGCUGGAGGAGGUGCGGCUGCACCGGCAGAGGGCUGACGAGGACGUGGAGGCUGCCCAGAGGAAGUUGCGCCAGGCCAGCACCAACGUAAAACACUGGAAUGUCCAGAUGAACCGGCUCAUGCAUCCAAUUGAGCCUGGAGAUAAGCGGCCCGUGACCAGCAGCUCCUUCACAGGUUUCCAGCCCUCUCUGCUUGCCCGCCGUGACUCCUCCCUAAAGCGCCUGACCCGCUGGGGAUCCCAGGGCCACAGGACUCCUUCCCCCACCAGCAGGGAGCAGCACAAGUCCCUCAAUGGGGGCAAUGAGGCUUCUGACCCGGCUUCCGCUGCCCAGGAAGACAAAGUGGAUCCAACGCCAGAAAACUAGCCUCUCUCAGCCUCUUCUUCCUCCCCACGUCCUGUCCACCAAGAUGUGGCCCCAGCCGGCUUGUGGGUGGCACCAGUUCCUGCGAGGAGAGGGAGCUGAGGGCUUGGUGCCAGGGACCCAGACCUUCCAACCAGAAGACAACCCAGGACGGAACCUAGUUCAUCUUUUGCACCAGCCCCAAGCCCCAGGCAACUGAGGCCGUCUGAAAUAAUGAUUCUUGGGAAUUUGGCCCUGUGCGUUAGCCCCCUGGACCUGCAGACCCAGGCUGAGGAACAGUGAACAAGCAAGCCAGGGGCCAUCUGGCCGCAGGACACCGCUAAGUGUGGAGGCACAUUUCCAAAUAAAAACUGCUCUUGGAAUUGA